GAAAGUUGCACCUGCGUUUAAACUAAGUACCGAAAGUUGAAUGGAGCCGUUCAAAAUCGAGCAUCAAUUUAUUUUAAAUUUAAGUGCAAUUUUCAGAUAGAAAUCGAAAAGAAAUCAAUUUUGUUUUUAAUGAUUCGAUUCAAUUUUUAAUAAAAAACAAAAUUUUUAAAGUGAGUAUGAAAAUACUGAUUUGUUUUUCAUUAAACAAAUUUCUUGUAUUCGUAGGAAAUUUUAGAUUAAAAAAAACUUAAUAAAUAAAACCUUUAAUUAAAAAUAAACUAAAGUGAUGUGUUAAAUAAAUAAAGAAAAAAAAUUUCUAAAAAUUUAGCAUCGUUAUCAUGAAUAUCGAGGAGUUUCGUAUUCGUGGAAAAGAAAUGGUGGAAUACAUUUGUGAAUACCUUCGAACAUUAGAGGGUAAACGAGUAACAGCAAACGUCGAUCCCGGUUAUUUAAGGCCUCUUCUGCCCAAAGAAGCACCCCUUAAACCGGAACCAUGGGAAGCAAUCAUGAGGGAUGUAGAAUGCAAAAUAAUGCCCGGAAUUACCCACUGGCAGCAUCCGCGAUUUCACGCCUACUUCCCAUCCGGCAACUCGUUUCCUUCGAUUCUCGGUGACAUGUUGUCUGACGCAAUAGGAUGCAUUGGAUUUUCUUGGGCUGCAAGUCCAGCGUGCACAGAGCUCGAAACAAUUGUCCUUGAUUGGUUUGCAAAAGCAAUGAAUCUUCCGGCAGCAUUUUUAGCCGAUAAUGAAGCUGGCAAAGGUGGUGGAGUUAUACAGGGUUCAGCUUCCGAAUGUAUUCUUGUCUCGAUGCUUGCAGCUCGAACACAAAUAAUUCGAAUGCUUAAGGAACAGGAUCCCAAUACUGAGGAUUCAGCAUUUCUUCCACGUCUUGUAGCCUAUUGUUCCAUGGAAUCCCACUCGUGUGUGGAAAAAGCAGCAAUGAUUAGUUUUGUGAAACUUCGAGUACUCGAGCCAGAUGAUAAAUGUCGUCUAAGGGGUAAACGUUUGGAAACGGCGAUUCGUGAAGACACAUCCAAUGGACUAGUGCCUUUCUUUGUCUCCACUACUUUGGGAUCCACCGGUUGCUGUUCAUUUGAUAAUCUCGUGGAAAUUGGACCAGUCUGCCGUAAAUAUUCAGGAAUUUGGUUACACGUCGAUGGAGCUUACGCUGGUAGUGCUUUUAUCUGUCCAGAAUUAAGAUCAUUUAUGGCCGGUAUCGAGUACGCUGAUUCCUUUAAUACUAAUCCAAAUAAAUGGCUUUUGGUUAAUUUUGACUGUUCCUGCUUGUGGGUGAGAGAUCGAGUUAAAUUAACCUCGGCAAUGGUCGUUGAUCCACUCUAUCUUCAGCACGCUAACUCUGGAGAAUCGAUAGAUUAUCGUCACUGGGGUAUACCAUUGAGUAGACGUUUUCGAGCUCUUAAAUUAUGGUUUGUCAUGAGAUCCUAUGGAAUAACAGGUUUGCAAAACUAUAUACGAAAUCAUAUUAGACUGGCAAAGAGAUUUGAGACCAAGAUCAAGAGGGAUAAAAGAUUUGAGGUGGUUAAUGACGUGACAGUGGGAUUGGUAUGUUUUCGUAUGAAGGAGAAUGAUGAGAUUAAUCAGGAACUUUUGGCAAAUAUUAACGCCUCGGGAAAGCUACACAUGAUACCGUCGAGAGUAAUGAAUAAAUAUACUCUAAGAUUUUGUGUUGUCAAGGAGGAUGCAACGGAUUAUGAUAUUGAUUUUGCAGUGGACGUUAUUCAGGAACAUGCAGCCGAAGUAUUGGUGGCUCACUAUGAAGCUGAUGAAGAAUUCUUGGCCAAGAGUCCCAAGAGUCCAGCUCCAUUGGACAAGAAACUUGUUAGAAAAUUCAGUUUCACAAGAAGUGUAUCAAGAGCUGCUUAUAGACGAUCAAUGUCGAAAACGAGCCUUCACGAUGGAGCUACACCAAUUAUGGUUGUGGAAGAUCAUCGACCAGUCGAGACCAUUGAAGAGGAUGUAUUUUGUGAUAGUCGGUAGACCGAGCUUCAGCUCACGGUACCAAAAAAAAGAAAUCAAUUAUUUUCGAUGCCGUGAGCUGAGGCCCCCGACAACCGGAAAACGAACAAAAUCCCAGGACCCUCAGGGCCAUUUGCAGGACAAUCUGAGGUCCUAAUUUAAUAAUCAAGUCCCACAAACUUGAUUAUAGAAUCGAAAAUAUUGUUCGUCCGGUUAAAUAUGAGUGUUUGAUAGAAAAUUGAACUAAAAAAGUGUGAACUACUUGAGUGUAGUUGGAAGUGUUUUUGGGGAAAGUUAUAAAAAGUGAUAAGAAUUGAUAAGUCGUGACGGGGCAACUUCAAGUGUACAAAAAAUUUUUAAAUUUAAGUAAUAACUAAAAGCUCUCAUAACUGAUUGUGAGCUAAAAAAACAGUUCUAUAAUAAUUUAAGAAUUAAAACACUGUCGUAGUGUAGAAAUUAAAAGUCAGAAAUUCAUAAAAUUUCAAAAAAAAAAAAUGUUUAAAAAUCGAAUAAGUAAAAAAAGAUUAAAAAUUUCUUAAUAUUAAAAAAAAAUUGUAGACGAUUUUGUAAGUAAUAAUUUAGAAGCAAUUUUCCUAUUCAAAAUAAUUAGAAGGAAUUUUUUUUUUUUCGCGUUCUCAAUGCUCAAGCAAAAUAUUUUCCUAUUUUGUUUAUAAGAUGUUGUUUCAUGUGCCAAAGAAAAAAUUUAUUUCUUUUAACUUUCGCUUGAAAAAAAAAAUUAUUUUAUUUGUGAGAAUUAUAUAGUUCAUAUUUUAGAAGUAAACUUAAUUUUAGAACGUAACUUAUUGUAAAAGUAACAAAAAAAAAUUGUUGUUUAUGAAAAAAAAUCUUUCGAUUGCAAUUGUAUAAUUUUUGUAUAAAGAAAAAAAAAUACCAACAUAGCUCUUGAGAAAAAAAAGAGGUAUCGAAGUUUGCAACACGUGUUCUAAAAAUAAUGCAAAAGAGGAAGAAAAGCGCGUAGAUUAUCUACUAACAAUUUAUCGAGGAAUAUUACGAAUAUGUAUAAAUUGUAUGUCACGUUCAAUAAAAAAAAAAAUUUAUAAAUAUAAUAAUAAUACUUAA